AUGACUCGACCUGACAUUGUUUAUGUCGCGAGUGUCGUGAGUCAAUUCAUGUACUCUCCUCGUACCCCUCACCUCGAUGCAGCUAUUCGGAACCUUCGCUACUUAAAAGGGUGUCCGGGCCGUGGUAUUUUGUUUGCUAAUCAUGGUUACUUACAUGUUGAGGCUUGGACAAAUGUUGAUUAUGCAGGAUUAGUUUCAGAUAGGAGGUCAACUUCGGGUUAUUGUCCCACUAUUGGUGGUAACUUGGUUACUUGGCGCAUGUCGCUUCCAUUCUCACUGUACUGUGACAACAAGUCUGCCAUUAGCAUAGCAGCAAAUCCCGUUCAACAUGACAGGAUUAAGCAUAUAGAGGUGGACCGUCACUUUAUUCGAGAGAAUAUUAUCUCUGGUCAAAUUUGCACUCCAUUUGUCACAAGCUCUCAGCAGCUUGCAGACAUUCUUACAAAUAGUGUCAGCAAGAUUGUGUUUGAGAAUGCAUUGUCUAACCAUGAGUCAAAAUGUAUUGUACAAAUAAUUGAAGAGAUUUUCAAUAAACUGAACCAUACAUCUCCACUUGCUGCCCAGUAUCUGGUUGGAACAGAGUCUCGUGUGGAGAAAAUGAAAUCAUUGUUGUCUGAAGGGUUGGAUGAGAUUCGUUUUAUAGGAAUAUGGGGAAUGGGGGGAAUAGGUAAGACAACUAUUGCAAGAGCUGUUUAUGACCGGAUCUAUCAUCAGUUUGAGGGUAGCUGCUUUCUCGCAAAUGUUAGAGAAAUCUCAGAAAAACAAGGUUUGGAAGCUUUACAAAAACAACUCCUUUCUGAAAUACUUACAGGGAGUAAUAUAAAUAUAACUGAUACUGUUAGAGGAGCAAGCAUAAUAAUAUCCAGACUACGUUUUAAAAGAGUUCUUCUUGUUCUUGAUGAUGUGGAUAAACGGGAGCAACUAGAUGCAAUAGCUGGAGAGCAUGGUUGGUUUGGCGUUGGGAGUAGAAUCAUCAUAACAACACGAGAUAAACAUUUGUUAACUGCUCAUGGAGUGAAUGAAAGUCACGCAGUUGAGGCAUUGAAUGAAGAUGAAGCUAUCCAGCUCCUUUCUUUAAAAGCCUUUGAUCAACCGAUCAAAGCCUUCAAACAAAGUUUUCCUUCUGAAGGUUAUUUGGAGCUCUCAAACCAGAUAGUAGAUUAUGCUGGUGGCCUUCCAUUAGCACUUACAAUUUUGGGUUCUUUUCUAUAUGGUAGAAAAACAGAUGAAUGGAAAAGCACAUUGAUUAAGCUGCACAAAAUUCCUAACAAAGAAAUUCUUCAGGUGCUUAAAAUCAGUUUCUACAGACUUGAUGAAAUGGAGAAGGAAAUUUUCCUUGAUAUUGCAUACUUCUUCAAAGGGAAACACAAGUGUAAUGUAACAAGAAUACUCGACAGUUGCGGCUUCUGCCCUGGAAUUGGAAUACCUGUUCUUAUUGAAAAGUCUCUCAUAACUAUUUCAAACGAUCGGUUUUGGAUGCAUGAUUUGAUACAAGAUAUGGGUUGGUAUAUUAUUCAUCAAGAAUCUCAAGAAUCUUGGAAACGUAGCAGGUUGUGGCUUCGAGAGGAUGUUUGUUAUGUUUUGACAGAAAAUAUGGGGACAGAAAAAGUUGAAGCCAUGUGCUUGGAACUGCCUAAACCUGAAGUUGUUGAUCUUAAUUCUGAAGCCUUCAGAAAGAUGAAGAAACUGAGGCUAUUCAAAGUUUACAAUGUGGUGUUCAGUAAAGGUCCUGCCCACCUUCCAAAAGAGUUGCGGUGUCUUGAUUGGCAUGCAUACCCUUCAGGCUCUCUGCCAGCAAGUUUUCAGGCAGAGAAUCUUGUUGAACUUAGCAUGUGUUAUAGCAGCAUCAAACAACUUUGGAAGAAAAUAAAGUAUUCUAAUUUUUUCCAUUUGUUUCAACUGCUUCUGGACAAGUUGAAGGUCAUCAACCUUAGUCACUCUCAUAGGCUAUCCAGUACCCCGGACUUCACAGUUACUCCAAAUCUGGAGACCCUGAAUCUUGAGGAUUGUAUGAGUUUGGUAGAAGUUCACUCAUCCAUUGGAGUUCUCAAAAGGCUUGUUUUUCUAAGCCUGAAAGACUGCAGAAAUCUGAAGAGGUUUCCGAAUGGUAUUCACUUGGAAUCUCUUGAGACUUUUAUUCUAUCGGGCUGCUUGAAAUUAGAAAAGUUCCCAGAAAUCUUGGGGGAUAUGGUUUGUUUAACAGAACUUUAUUUGGAUAGAACUGCCAUAAAAGAACUGCCCUCGUCAAUUGAACAUCUCACUAGCCUUACCUUGAUGGAUUUGAGUGAAUGCAAAUACCUUACGAUUCUUCCUAGAACCAUUUGUAGGUUGAGCUGCCUUAAAACUCUCACCCUCUCUGGCUGCUCAAAGCUUGAGGAAUUGCCAGACAACUUGGGAAAUAUAAGAUGUUUAGAGGAGCUUCACGCGAAUAAAACUUCUAUCAAACAACUACCAUCUUCUAUUAAUCUUUUGGAAGACCUCAAAGUAUUGUCCCUUAGUGGAUGCAAGGGAACAUUAUCUCAAUCAUUUUUUUCAUCUUGGUUUUUAGCAAGGAAAUGUGAAGAUUCAAUGUCUUUGGUGCUUCCUUCUUUAACAGGUUUGAAUUCCUUGACAAAACUUGAUCUUAGUGAUUGCAAUCUGUCUGAAGGAGGGAUUCCCAGUGACCUUGGCAGUUUAUCCUCUCUGACAAAGUUGAAUUUAAGCAGAAACAAUUUUGUUAGUUUACCUGAAAGCAUCUCCCGGCUUUCUCAACUUGAAAAACUCAAGUUAGUAGGCUGUAAGAGGCUAGAAGCAUUACCAAAGCUUCCAUCGUGUAUACUUAAAUUAUUGGCAGAUGAUUGCCAAUCAUUAGUAAGCGUUGGAGAUCUGUCUACAAAUUAUAGAUCACUGUGUUCGGUCACAUUGUCAAAUUGCUUGAAGCUGUUAGAGAAUAAAUGGAGGGAAGAUGUGGGUGAUAUGUUGUUGAGAUUUCUGUUUCAGAGGCUCUGUGUUGUAAAUUCUGAAUUUUCUAUGUUUUUACCCGGAAGAGAGAUUCCAGAAAUGUUCAGUCAUAAGAAUUUAGGUACUUCGACAUAUCUGCAACUGCCUCCAGAUUGGUGUAGCGAGAAAUAUAUGGGGAUUGCGGUGUGUGCUGUUGGUGACUUUGCAAAUGUAAAAUCAGCUAUGGAUUUGCCAGAUAUAAUUUUAAUUUUCACAGGCCGUUAUAAUAGACAAUAUAUUCUUGGGAAGGGUUUGUGUUGGAAUCCCACAGAUAGGAACGUUGAUUCCGAACACAUGUUGUUGAGCUAUCUUCCAACUCAUGUCCUUGGGAUUGGGAGUGGGGCAUGGGAUCAAAAUUCAAACAAAUGGUGCCAAGUUGAGGUUUUAUUCGACUUUGGUCCAAGGACGUUGCCAGCGAAGAAAUGGGGAGUACAUGUAGUGUAUGAGGAAGAUGUAAAAAAAUGGAAGGAUGGGUGUGGAAAUUUGGGAAUCAUUGAGGAUUCAGAUGAAGCAGUACCAGUGGAAGACAAAGAUAAUACUCUCAAGAGAAAGCGCAAUGACUCUGAUGAUGAUCAAAGUCCCCGCGCUAAGAAAGAGCAUGUAUUUUGAGAUGGCACCACAAUUGUCUUGAAUCUCUUUAAACCAUCAUCAGAUUUUGUGUGUCCCUUUUUAAUUUUUCUCUUCUUAGAAUAAACUAUGGCAACAAUAUACAAUAUAGUGGAUGCACUCUAUGGUUCUAUCUGUUGCUUGUAGUGUGCGAGGAAGACAAAAUAAUACUCCGAAGAGAGAGCGUGAUGAGUAUGAGUCUAUGACCCCCCCACAACACCACGAUGAAGCACACAAGGCAAUGGAAGUGCCUUUGAUGAUGAUGAAAGCCCAGUAGCUACGAGAGAGUAUGUAUCUUGAGAUCGCACUACAAUUGUCGAGAAAUGAUUCUUAGGGAUCUGAAUCUGCCUCUCAUUUAUAAAUUCGAGUUUUUUCCCAUAUAAGCAUUUUGGAUGGUUUUUGUUGUGUGCUGAUAAGAUAGCAAAAGAAGGUGAAUGGUUUUUGUUUGAAGAUUUUUUAAUGAGAAUUGCUGGGUUUCUACUGAAGAUGAAGAUGAAGAUGAAUAUUUUUUCCUAUACGAUAAGCAUUUUGGAUGAGUUUCUACCACGUCAGGUUCAAUUAACAUUUUGUCUCGAAAUUUUCAUUGGUUUAGGGCUUUAACCAUUGUUUUUAGUGUUGAUUUUGAACUUGGGUAUUUGAAAUUCAUGAAACAAUUCAGUACUGUGGUAUUAAUGUUUCUUGUAAGUUCUUUGUAUGCUAAACUUUCUCAAUUAUAGUUCGCUUUAGAAUAAUUAGAAGGAUCGUUUCGUUUACUUUCGUCACAUAUAAUUUUGAUGUAGCAUUUGACUUUGUAUA